GGAACACUUUCUCGACAUCCACAACCCACAAUACUCACAAUGCCUAAAGCACCUAAAUCACCCGGCGGACGCGACUCCCAGCGACAUAAUCCUCUCACAGAAGACUACCUCCCGUCACAGCCACUAAAGCAAAAAUCCGGCAAGAGGAAGAAGAACGCGAAAGAGGACGAAUCUGAGCGCUUCGUAGACUCCAAGUCCUCGCGAAAAAUUCUGAGGAUAGGGCAGGAUCUAGUAGAGGAGGAUGAGCAAGAACAAAAUGCACGAAAGGUACCAGCCGCGAAUCCGGCGUUCGCGUUCGACUCGCGGUUUGACGGAGAGGAGGAGGUAGAGGAAGAGGUUGGCGAGUACGACGAUGACGAUGCAUGGGGCGAUGAGGAAGAGGAGGUUGAGGAAGUCGGAAUUGAUCCUAGUGAUCUGGAAACCUUCAACCGCUUCAUACCUACAGACGACAAUCCGAUCGUAUGGCCAGGGCAAGAGGCGGAGCAGAGUUCGGGGCCAGGAACCAAUCUCGCGGAUCUGAUAUUACAAAAAAUAGCAGAUGCUGAGGCAGGACGAGGGGAUGAGCGAGAGGUAAUGGGAGGUGGGGCUCCAGACGAUGCGAUAGAGCUUCCGGCGAAAGUGGUUGAGGUAUACUCCAAAAUUGGCAUGAUCCUCGCACGCUUCAAAUCUGGCAAACUACCCAAACCCUUCAAGAUUCUCCCCACCCUCCCCGGCUGGGAAACCCUCAUCUCCAUCACUCGACCCGAAGAAUGGACCCCCAACGCCGUCUACGCCGCCACCCGCGUCUUCAUAUCCUCGAAACCGCACAUCGCACAGGAGUUCCUUACCAUGAUCCUCCUCCCCGCCGUCCAGGAUGAUAUUCGCGAGACGCACAAGCUAAACGUGCAUCUCUUCAACGCGCUGAAGAAGGCGCUAUACAAGCCCUCGGCGUUCUUCAAGGGCGUCAUCUUCCCGCUUCUCAGAGACGGCAUGUGCACGCAGCGCGAAGCACAAAUCAUUUCGUCCGUUUUGACGCGGGUUAGCGUGCCUGUGCUGCACUCUGCGGCGGCGCUGCAUCGGCUGUGUGAGAUGGCGGCGGAGCAGAUGAGUUCGGAUCCGGAUUCGGCGGGGCCGGUCAAUAUGUUCAUUCGGGCGCUGUUGGAGAAGAAGUAUGCGCUUCCGUACAAGGUUGUUGACGCGCUUGUCUUCCAUUUCCUGCGAUUCCGGGCUGCAACGGGUGGGAAUGCGAAUGGUGAUGCUAUGGCGAUUGACUCGGAGGAGGCGAUUGGAGGCGUAGCGAAGUUGCCUGUUAUCUGGCAUCAAUGCUUGCUGGCGUUUGCGCAGCGGUAUAGGAAUGAUAUCACCGAGGAUCAGAGGGAGGCUUUACUGGAUCUGCUACUAACGAGGGGUCAUUACAAGAUUGGGCCGGAGGUGAGGAGAGAGCUGUUGGCGGGCAGGGGGAGGGGUGUUAUGAUCGAACCGGAGGCGGGUAUGGGUGGUGACGAUACCAUGAUGGCUGUCGAUGCUUAGGGUUGUUUCAAUGAAUUCAACGCUUGGUAAGGCAUAGAGAAACGGCGUCCAGGAAGUCCAUAUAUGAGGCGUAGGUCUGGAGCUAUCAUUCUGAUACCAAACAGGUUGAACGAAUGAAUGAUUGAAACUACCCGAGGGCCUUUGAUCCUUCCUCUAAUACAUCAUGUGCAAUUCUUAGAGGCGACUCAAUCUAUUUUCUAAACCCAGC